GAAGGAACAAUAUUAAUUGCCACUAUUUUUCCCAGCCAGAAGAGAGGCUCGAGCGAAGAAGUCUUGUCCUUGCCUUGUCUCUUGGUAACAACUGAGGCCAACUCCGCCACCCUACUCUGCCAUCUCUGGGGCGGCAGCUGGGCCGCGCUUGUAACCUCCAAUCUCGGCUUAGAUUUCUCCUCGAUCCGGAUAUGGGUUUUUUUCCUUAGAUCCAAAGAAAGUAUAAACAGAGCACUCCCUUGUUCUUUAUAUCUAAGAAAAAGAAGAACAGACAAUUGGAACCCAGUUAUUAAAGGUUGAUGGAAGAUUCAGAUUGUUCUGUUUCCACUUGCAACCUCAUCUGCCAGGAGGAUGGAAUUGACUUCGAUGCAGAUGAUGGUAAAGAGGAAGACCAUCAAACGAUCAUCCUACUCAAAGAAAUCGAUCUUUCUGAAACCGAAGAGUAUAUGGAGAAGUUGGUCUUUAGAGAGAGCAGCUUUGAGAGUCGAAGCCAUGACCUUUUAUCCUGUUCUGAUACCUAUUCCUCUGUGGUAGCAGAAGAUUGGUUCAAGCGCGCCCGCUCAACUUCGGUCCAGUGGAUUCUCAAGAUGAGGGACUACUUCGGCUUCAGCUCCAAAACUGCAUACUUGGCAGUGGCCUACUUCGAUCGCUCCACGGUGCGGCAAAUCGUCGACAAGGGGAAGCUGUGGUCGAUCAGAUUGCUAUCGGUAGCUUGUUUGUCAUUGGCAGCAAAGAUGGAGGAAUACAUGGUGCCAGCAUUGCCUGAGUAUCAAAUAGAAGGGUACGAAUUCGAUAGCAAAGCAAUCCAGAGGAUGGAACUCCUAGUUUUGACUACUCUGGAAUGGCGUAUGGGUUCGGUUACUCCAUUUGAUUAUCUAAGUUAUUUUACAUACAAGUUUCGAUAUGAGUAUGGAGCAAAUGAUUUAUUACAUAACGCCAUCAGGUUCAUAUUUUUGAUCACUGAAGCAUUCACUGUAGUUGAUUAUCGCCCCUCAGCUAUAGCUGCAGCUGCCAUACUGGCUGCAUCCAGCAAAAGAUUUACAAAAGAAUUGCUGGAGUCUAAGAUGAGUGAUCUUCCCCUUUGUGGUUCCUUAGAAAAGGAGCAUGUAUAUGCCUGCUAUAGUGCAAUGACAAUGGAGUCACACAGGAAGCCAAACACAACAAAGAGAGGAGCUUCUUCAGAUUUAUCAGCAGAUCAUUCAAGCAUUGAUGAUGCUGUUGAUCUUGUUGAUAGUGCUUCUUUCACUGGCUUAAGCAAUAAAAGGAAAAGGUUACAAUUGCCAAGUAUCCGGUAGAUAUUACUCUGACACUGUUUUAUUGCUUGGGCAUGGCUUGAUUCAAGGGAAAAAAAAAGAAGACUGAUGUUGUUGGUUGGGCGAUUAUUUAUUAGUGUGACCAGCGGAUGGGCUUUGUAGUUGAUUGGUGAGUUGGUUUGAGAAAUUUUUAGACUGGGUUCUUGUGUUUAAUGUGAGAAAAAAAAAAGGGGGAAUGAGGAAAGAAGGUUAAAACUUUAGCCCAGAGUGAAAAAGCUGAAAAGCUGGGAGGUGAGCCCGUGAAGCAGUUAAACACUGUUUGUGAAUAGUUUGAUAGCUGGCUUAAUUGGUUCCCUUGUCAUUCAUCCAUGACUACUUUCCAUACAUGACCCUUAUCGUUCAUUGAUGACUACUUUCCCCAUAUCAUUCCAUUGUAUUUGUUCCUGAAUUAGUUUUCCCACCUCCAAGGUAUGAUAUUGGGAGGCUGAUGAUCUGAGCUAGCGAAAUUAUUCUUAAGGUAGGAUUUAUAGUUUGCUUGGUUUUCCCUUCUGAUAGAGGUGCUUUUCUGAGUCCUUGAAAGGAUUGUAAAGAUAUAAGAGUGGUUUUGUAAUACAGUACACUUGUCAUUCUAAUGCUGCCAAGCUGAAAGUGUGUAAAGGUGAUUGAAUGUUAUUGGAAUUGUUUGA